AUGAAUUCACAGCCGUAUGAGGAAACUGGAACAUGGGACAGUGAUCAUAAGGAACUAUGGGGGGACAUGAAGAUUUCUCUGACCGAUGGACCUAGCUGGGAUGACCUGAAAGAGGUCUUACGGAGAUGUAGAACCUGGUCGUAUGACAAGCGGAGAAUGGUUGGAUGCUUAUGUGUAAUUGCUGUUGGCGUCCUUGGGCUGCAUCAGUCUACAAAAAUUCCUCUUAAGUUUGCGAAAACCGUACUUGAUGUUGAGGCAUUUGAACAAUUCCCAUGGGGCAGAGUCGCUUGUGAGAGUUUGAUUGAGUUUGUGAAAUUGGCGGAUUUGAACAGCAAAUCUUAUACCAUUGGUGGUUUUUUCCCCAUUCUCCAAAUAUGGGUUUAUGAGGCGAUUACCAUUGUGGGUGAAAGGUUCGGGAACAAGAUUGACGGUAUGGAAGUACCCCUUCUGUCAUGGGCUGGGUCGCAUAAGCGUUUCAACUUUGAUGAUCUUGUUCUCGAAGAAAAGAACAACCAGGAGAAGGUACGGGUUAGACAUAUUAUAGUUAAUAAUGGUGAGGACCCCAAACCACGGUGGACUGAUGAUACUGAGGAUGUUGGAGUGGAUAAACUCUUGGAAGAUAUACUCCAUGAUCGGCUCCCCAUGAAUGUUUGGUCACUAGAUGCUGAAAAUAAGAGUAAAGGGAAAGAACCAGUCGACGAAAGCGACGAUGACUUUGUUGAAGCAUGCAUAUCUCGUACGUCAAAGAAAGUUCUGAGGAACAUAACGGAAAGGAGAAACAAGUGUCAAGGAAGCAGAACAGUCAGAAAGGGUAAUGGGGCUUCGAAAAUGGCUUCAAUGGAGGGUAUGGUGCAAGGUAAAUUGCGUCAACUUGAAAAUGAACUGAAGGCGGUAAAAGAGUUGGAGAAAAAUGCGGCCAAUGAAGAAGCAGUGCACUCUAGCGGAAGUCUCAAAAAUGACGAAAAUAAAUGGAGAUCGUGGAUGGUUAUGCAGAAGCAGACAUCAGAUGGUAUGACGAUGCAGUGUGUUGCGAGAAGUACACCUGCGUUUGUGAAAGAAGCAGUUUUUCCUCCAUAUAAACUGACGGAUGACUUGAUCAACAUAACCGACGAAGUGGCCAAAGCCGAUGCAACCAUGACGAAACCAACUGAUUCAGGUUCAACGUUUUCUAACCCCGUAGAACGUGCUAAUUGCAACAAAGUGGACAUGGCUUUGAAUGCACUUGCAGGUGCCCUGGGUGUAAAGACACCACCCAGGGCACCUGCACCGAAGCGAAAAAAACAAAAGGCCCCUUCGCAGUUAUCCUCUUUCCUUGGAAAGUCUGCAGUCAGUCGCUUAAAGGAUGGUGUAAUUCGAUCUCUCAGAGCUUAUGAUCCGUUCCAUGAAAUAAAGCCGUUUAAAAUGGCACAGUUGAUUGAGAGGAUUAAUGAAGAAGAGGAGAAUCCAAUUGGAUCUUUUGUAGGAUCGUGCAACUUCUACAAAACUUUGAUGACUCCAAAAGAGAGGUGGCCAAAGAACGACUUGAAAUACGGAUGGCUUGGAGAAUGCAUAAGCUUUAAACCCUUGCAGACUUAA